AUGCAAACGCAAGCCAAGUCUCCGAGGGGACCCCGGGUUCCCAGAUCGCGCAAGGUGCGAGUGACGGUGCUUGAGGCGCAGGAAAAAUCAAAGUACUUCGCUGGCAACGAGUACUUUUGCGCCAAACUAUUCGUGACGUCGAGCGCUACAUCAAAUCCAGAUCCGGGCAGCGAGUUGCUCCAGCCCAACAUGGUGGUCAUGGCCGACAUGUACCUGAAGAAGUACGGAUCAUACAGUUUGGAAAUUCCAAUCGAGGAAAUUAAAGAUCGACUCGUCAACAGGCCGCCAAGCCCCGUACUUCUACAUUGCGGAACGAUCAUCCUUGAUUCCGACUGCAAGAAUAUGUUUGUGAUGAGGAACGGACCAGAGUCCUUCAUCAAGCUCAAGUAUAGGCUUGCGUUACUGGAGCCAGAGGGCUCGGAGCGUAUCCACACAAUUCUGCAGGCCACGGGCGAGAAGGAGACUUGCAUGUGGAGCAACGAGGAUCUGACGAAUGUAAUCAAGUGGAACAGAAGCAAACUCAAGCCCCGCAAAUCUCUCAGCGUUCCAGGCGAUGACGUCUUGAAGGCAACCAAGGGCAUCGUUCAGAAAGCUGCGCAGGAUGAGCUGGAGCGGCGCAUGCGUGGCGAGCGACCCCAUGACUACGAUGGCUCCCCUAUCUGGUGUGUGCCUGGAGGAAUGCCAGAUCAGCACCAUCAGGGCCGAUGUGAGGGCGCACUGCGAGCCGCUCGUCGCGAACUGCGAGAAGAAGCUCUUCAAGGAGACGGAGACAUGGACGAGCUUUUGACGCAGUCCCACUUGAACUUCACUUUUGACAUGGUCACCCCGGAUGGAGGGACGUCACGGUCCAAGUUUUUCGUGUUCCACGUCAAGAAUGCAGAUGGCAGGCAUCAACUGAUUCCAAAAGGCAAGGAAUUCCAACAAGUGGCAUGGGAUAGCUUUGGCAAUAUUGCUUCAGGCUUGACCCCGAUGGGCAAGUACAGUGCAUUUCUACGCUUUGCCACUGCCGAUGAGUGGCGUAACGCGUUGGAUGAGAUCCAGGCAACGUUUGCUCCGAAAGCUGCUCGACAAACGUUGGACGUCGAUGGCCUUGCAGUUGGGCUGCAAGAACUGACGACGAGCUAG